AUGCAGAAGGGAGAGGGAGAGAAGGAGCAGAAGUAUAGCUCACACAUGAGGAGAGAGAGAAAGGGGAAAGAAGAGAGCAGAAAUCAUACAGGGGAAGAGAGGGAGAGUGCAGCAGAGGGAGCUGUAGUAGACAGUAGCCCAGGCGUGCAGUGCUGUGAAGUGCGGUGCUGAGAAGGGCAUUGGGAGUUAAGGAGGGCCCCAGAAGACUCCUGCGGCUCUAUGCUCCUCCCCUCUCCUCAGCGAGGGGCUCAGGGAGCAUUCAGCCCAGUGCCUUCCCCCCCACUGGCAAUUUGUUUUCCUAAUCCACCAGAGCCUGGUGCUACCACUACCACUACCGCUGCUGCCCCUCUCUCUCCCCCUUUCUCGCUCUCCCUGUCUCUCUCUCCCCCUCUCUCUCUCUCCCCCUUUCUCACUCUCCCUCUCUCUCUCUCCCCCUUUCUCCCUCUCCCUCUCUCUCUCUCCCUCUCUCCCUCUAACAGGCAGGGCCCCCUCGAGAGCCCAAUUAGGGCCGUCUCCCCCACACGCAGAUCUACCCAGGACUCCCCACUUCUCCUCCUCGUCUUUUUUUAAUCAAAUAAGACUCCUCUAGAGGCCAGUCUUCGUUUUAAGGAGACAGCAUUCUGGAUUAAAUUUUAAUUAAGGAAAUAUUAGCCUUUUAGAAGACAUCGGAAAUGAAUGGAAUUGGGAGGGCGAGGGGAAAGCCACCCAGCGAGGUUUGUGUGCUUCUCUGUGGGAGUGUUUGUAUGUAGAUGGAAUGUAAAUCAUAUUAUAGUGCCAUUAUUGGUACAAGUAGAGGUUCAUCAUUGGAAUAAAUUGAAAGCUUAUUAAUGUCAUAUAAUUUUGCAUUACUAUAUAUCAGACAGAAAUUAUUGUUUAUUUCUGUGGGAUAAAUAGACGUUAUUUUUGUACAAGAUAAUAAGGUACUUAACCUAAAUAUGUAAACAAGGUGAAUGGAUUAACAUCUAAAAUGGAGGUUCAUCCACUCUCUACCUGGUUAUGUUAAGUUUCACUGUAAAUUGAGACGGGAUCAAGCGUGACCAGUGCCUUUCUCCGGGAAUACAUUGCCAUCUACUGACAAUCAUGUGAAAAUACAAUUUAGCUGAGGUAAAUAUCAUUUUGGAGCAGAUAGCUAAACCACUUACAGUAUACAUAGUCAUAAACAUAUUUUCACCCUCCAAAAAAUCUUUGUUAAUGCACAGUACCGUACCUUUGCCUGAUCUUGCAUUAUCUCUGCAGAAUCUAGGAGUUCUCCCUUUCAUUCACCUUCUGUAAUGAUUCAAGCUUGCCCUCCUUGGCAGAGGUUUUGCCAUAUUGCUUACUCUUAUCCAAUCCUCUCAGAUCUCCACAAGUGUUAAGGGGGCAAUUUAGGUUAGGGUGUCUGCCAAAAGGCUUCUCAACAGCUUCUACCCCCAAGCCAUAAGACUCCUGAACAGCUAAUCAUGGCUUCCCGGACUAUUUGCACUGCCCCCCCCACCCCCACCCCAUCCCCAUCUUUUACGCUGCUGCUACUCUGUUUAUUAUUUAUGCAUAGUCACUUUAAAUCUACCCACAUGUACAUAUUAUCUCAAUUACCUCGACUAGCCGGUGCCCCCGCACAUUCACUCUGCACCGGUACCCCCCUGUAUAUAGCCUCCCUACUGUUAUUUUACUGCUGCUAUUUAGUUAUUUGCUUUUAUUCUUUAAAAAUAAUAAAAAUGCACUGUUGGUUAAGGGCUUGUAAGUAAGCAUUUCACUGUAAUGUCUACACCUGUAUUUGGCACAUGUGGCAAAUAAAAUUUGAUUUGAUUUGUGGUCCUCUGUAGCUCAGCUGGUAGAGCACUGCGCUUGUAAUGCCAAGGUAGUGGGUUCGAUCCCCGGGACCACCCAUACACAAAAAAAGUAAAAAUGUAUGCACGCAUGACUGUAAGUCGCUUUGGAUAAAAGCGCCUGCUAAAUGGCAUAUUAUUAUUUAGUAGCUUGUUGUCAAUUUCACAGUCACCUACUGCAGUUUAAUCACCAGGGGGCGCCAAAGACCCGACUGAUAGAGUGGCCUAUAAUAAGUUGAGCUGGCCAAAGCCCUUUGACAACAGAGUGAGCUGCAGGUGGUUCAGAUGGAUCGUUGGCCUUUACCACUGUCAGGGGAUUAGCCAACACACUCUAAACAUUUACUGGGAAAGGUUUAACAAUAGGGACUACACGCAAAGGUGUGCAUACUCUCACAAGACUAAAUACUAACUUGAGAGAUGCAUGAACAAGUAUGGGGAGAAUUAUUGAAGUGAUUGACAUGCCUGGUAGUGUGGUCCUGUUGGCCACACAGAUUAUGUGAAUACAGUGAUUGACAGGGCUGGGUGGCAAUGGGGGAGGGCCUUGAGGGUGCAAGAAUAAUGAAGUGAUUCACAGCGCUGGCCAGUUUUAUGUGUCCGUCACAUGCCUGGAAGGAGCCCAAGCCGUCUGUGUUAUUGGAGGAAUGCAGUGCCCAUGACAUUGUUGCCCCUGGAGACCUUGACUCCUCUCCGCUCCCUCUGCUUGUAGCAGCACCGAACAUGGACACAACCCCCCAGUGGUCCUCUGGGGGAAAAAAUCUUCACCCUGUUGGUUCACGCAAUGGCGUGCCAGGGACCACAGCAAUAGGACAUUCUCCACAGUCUCCCCAAGCCCAUUCUCUGAGGCACGUUAUACGAGAAAUGUUUUACUGUACACGCAUGCACAGUCACACACACGCACACACACACACACCUAUCACUCAGCUAAAACAGACCUCUCUCCAAGGUUGCUUAGCUGUGGAGAUGAGUUACUGCUGUCUGACAGAACAAUGGUCACCUGUUUUCCACACAAACAUAAAGUGCCGCCAGCACAACAGUGGUCCAUGUCUGUACAACUGAGGUCAAUAGGAGCUAUUUUCUUGCUUGACUGUUCAAUUUGAAGGGCUUAUGUUUCUAUCAAGAAUCUGGUGUUUGGCUUAUACAACCCAGACACCUAUAAGCUGCCAAUAAUGACAUUCUUUGGUCCCAAAAUACUGUUUCAGAAACAAAUGUUGAGCAGUGAGCACAACUGAAUUGGUUCACAAUAGUGAGCUAUGUUGAGAGUGCAGCUGACAUGAGCUACGUCGAUGUUAUUUCCUGUACUCAUCUCUGCAGUGAAUGCUAAAUGAAUUGUUCAACUUCCUAAAGAAAUAUCUUAGGGGUUGAUUAUAACGUUUAAAUGUGAGACAAUACAAUGGUCUAGUGAUCAACAAAGCCCUGUGACCUCAGUGACCUUAGCCAUUCCAUGGUGUCCAACCCUCCUAUUAGUGAAAAGCCACACCAGAGCUGUUCAAAGUGUCUCCUUCCACCGCAAACUAGACAAGGGCAUCAAUUCAUUACCGUGGUAAUCUGGCGGGCUGAGACGUGGUGUCGCACCCGGCCUAACUACAGGACCUGUGAAGUCUGAGGCAUUGACACAUACUCACAACUACCCACACCCCCCCUCCUCGAGGAUAGGGGUCGGAUAUGACUGUCUGAUCGUGCCCCCUGCUCCUAAGAUAAGGUGUCACAUAAACAGUUCAGAGCCACAGCACCCCUGCAUGGGUCAAUUACAAUGGGUGGCUGGGGGCUGUGGGUGUUAGUCCUUUAUAUGGCUGGCAUGCCUUGGGUAACGUCCCCCCAUUGUCUAAACAUAGCGCAGGUGGGCAGAGGAGCCAAGUGUGUCGCUAUAUAAGUGACCUGGGUCACUUUUUAGUGUCCUCUCAAGCGUAAGUGAACAACUGAGAAGCUCCUAACAUAAUGGUAAGAAUGACACCUCCCUCACUCUCUCCUCUCUACUUGUCUUCAUCUUCACCUUGGGGUUAACUAAGUGUCUCAAUUUCAUGGUGUAUAGGAUGCUUAGAGUUCUUGGAGAAGCUAAGUUUACUUCAGAAGUAGACAGGUGUUGAUGUAUUAAAUGCAUUUAUUAAGACUCUAUUUAGUGAUGUAUUCAAGGAGAGAACACUCUUGUUUAUUUGAUAACAGCUGUGGGGAAUGGUAAAUUGACGGAGUACAUUUCUUGCCAAUUGUAAUUAAAAUCCCCAACUGUAGUGAUGGGGAGCUUGAUUGCAUACCAAACAUGUUUAAAUGAUAAGAAGAACAAAAAUCUUGGAAGGUUACUAAGAACUGUGAUUAUUAGGUCUUAUAAAAGUAGGACCUAAUAAUAAUAUGCCCUAACCAUCUCCACAGUGUAUCCAAUCAAUGUCAAUAGCAGGAACGCCAUUCAAAUUGUUCAUCAUUUUUGGGGGUGCCGACUCUGUUGAUUUCAACACUUGACCUCUACUACAGUGUUAUAAACGUUUGUGACUGUGGCUCUUCAAUAUUGAAAGCUCUGCAUGUUCUAAAAGUGAUACGUUUAUUUAGAGAUAUUAAUAGCCAUGUAGUUUUGUGACCGCAUGCUGUGCUCUGUAGUUCAAUGUUAGAUGUUCAUAGUUUUGGUUGUGCAUUUGAAAUGAACAAAACCCAGCAAAUGUAAUUUAUGUCAUUAUUGUUACUUAUUAUUAUUCAUUAUAAUUAAGCAAUAAGGCCCAAGGGGGUGUGGUAUAUGGCCAAUAUACCACGGCUAAGGGUUGUUAAUAUACCACAAACCCCAGAGGUGCCUUAUUGCUAUUAUAAACUGGUUACCAAUGUGAUUAGAGCAGUAAAAAUAAAUGUUUUGUCAUACCUGUGGUAUACGGUCUGAUAUACCACGGCUGUCAGCCAAUCAGCAUUCAGGGCUCGAACCGCCCAGUCUAUAACAGUCAAUAAAUGAUUACUGUUAUAUUACAUGAUACUGUCAAAUAAUUCAAAAUUAAAGUCAAUGUAUGCAAUCUGUAUCGAAAUGUAUGCACACUGUUGUUAUUCAUCAUAACCUCAAAGUAAUAGCCAUUUCCCUGUGUAUCUCAGUCACCCAAAAAGGCAAAGAAGAAGGCAGCAGAGGCCAGCUCCAAUGUGUUCUCCAUGUUUGAGCAAGCCCAGAUCCAGGAGUUCAAGGAAGCUUUCACCAUCAUGGACCAGAACAGAGACGGUUUCAUUGACAAGAGUGACCUGAGGGACACAUUCUGUGCGCUGGGUGAGCUAAGGCGAAUGCUUACUCCUCUGGAGAAUGGCCCUUUGCAGUAUAAAAUUGGUGGUGAAGUUAUCUUCCUUGGACAAGAAGUUACAGUAGUUUUAAUGCCCCUCCCUCUGUCCUCCAGAUACAGUGGGGAAAAAAGUAUUUAGUCAGCCACCAAUUGUGCAAGUUCUCCCACUUAAAAAGAGGAGAGAGGCCUGUAAUUUUCAUCAUAGGUACACGUCAACUAUGACAGACAAAAUGAGAAGAAAAAAAUCCAGAAAAUCACAUUGUAGGAUUUUUAAUGAAUUUAUUUGCAAAUUAUGGUGGAAAAUAAGUAUUUGGUCAAUAACAAAAGUUUCUCAAUACUUUGUUAUAUACCCUUUGUUGGCAAUGACACAGGUCAAACGUUUUCUGUAAGUCUUCACAAGGUUUUCACACACUGUUGCUGGUAUUUUGGCCCAUUCCUCCAUGCAGAUCUCCUCUAGAGCAGUGAUGUUUUGGGGAUGUCGCUGGGCAACACAGACUUUCAACUCCCUCCAAAGAUUUUCUAUGGGGUUGAGAUCUGGAGACUGGCUAGGCCACUCCAGGACCUUGAAAUGCUUCUUACGAAGCCACUCCUUCGUUGCCCGGGCGGUGUGUUUGGGAUCAUUGUCAUGCUGAAAGACCCAGCCACGUUUAAUCUUCAAUGCCCUUGCUGAUGGAAGGAGGUUUUCACUCAAAAUCUCACGAUACAUGGCCCCAUUCAUUCUUUCCUUUACACGGAUCAGUCGUCCUGGUCCCUUUGCAGAAAAACAGCCCCAAAGCAUGAUGUUUCCACCCCCAUGCUUCACAGUAGGUAUGGUGUUCUUUGGAUGCAACUCAGCAUUCUUUGUCCUCCAAACACGACGAGUUGAGUUUUUACCAAAAAGUUAUAUUUUGGUUUCAUCUGACCAUAUGACAUUCUCCCAAUCCUCUUCUGGAUCAUCCAAAUGCACUCUAGCAAACUUCAGACGGGCCUGGACAUGUACUGGCUUAAGCAGGGGGACACGUCUGACACUGCAGGAUUUGAGUCCCUGGCGGCGUAGUGUGUUACUGAUGGUAGGCUUUGUUACUUUGGUCCCAGCUCUCUGCAGGUCAUUCACUAGGUCCCCCCGUGUGGUUCUGGGAUUUUUGCUCACCGUUCUUGUGAUCAUUUUGACCCCACGGGGUGAGAUCUUGCGUGGAGCCCCAGAUCGAGGGAGAUUAUCAGUGGUCUUGUAUGUCUUCCAUUUCCUAAUAAUUGCUCCCACAGUUGAUUUCUUCAAACCAAGCUCCUUACCUAUUGCAGAUUCAGUCUUCCCAGCCUGGUGCAGGUCUACAAUUAUGUUUCCUGUGUCCUUUGACAGCUCUUUGGUCUUGGCCAUAGUGGAGUUUGGAGUGUGACUGUUUGAGGUUGUGGGCAGGUGUCUUUUAUACUGAUAACAAGUUCAAACAGGUGCCAUUAAUACAGGUAACGAGUGGAGGACAGAGGAGCCUCUUAAAGAAGAAGUUACAGGUCUGUGAGAGCCAGAAAUCUUGCUUGUUUGUAGGUGACCAAAUACUUAUUUUCCACCAUAAUUUGCAACUAAAUUCAUAAAAAAUCCUACAAUGUGAUUUUCUGGAUUUUUUCUCCUCAAAUUGUCUGUCAUAGUUGACGUGUACCUAUGAUGAAAAUUACAGGCCUCUCUCCUCUUUUUAAGUGGGAGAACUUGCACAAUUGGUGGCUGACUAAAUACUUUUUUCCCCCACUGUAUUUCCAAUGAGUGUAAUGAUUGCUUCCUUAAAACGUCUACAUUUAUAUUGAGAAUGACUGAUCCAAACAACAAUCUCUGACCAUAACACCUGUGCUGCUCAGAGUAAUGUAUUUAGAGAGUUGGGCCAUUUAGGUUUCUACAUUAUGAUGCACUUACAUCACACAACAUUAUAUGGCAGCCAUGUUAGCACCCAUUAACAUUACAUGGGAAUAUAAUGUCUACAGUCGUGGUCAAAAGUUUUGAGAAUGACACAAAUACUAAUUUUCACAAAGUCUGCUGCCUCAGUUUUGAUGAUGGCAAUUUGCAUAUACUCCAGAAUGUCAUGAAGUGAUCAGAUGAAUUGCAAUUAAUUGCAAAGUCCGUCUUUGCCAUGAAAAUGAACUUAAUCCCAAAAAAACAUUUCCACUGCAUUUCAGCCCUGCCACAAAAGGACCAGCUGCCAUCAUGUCAGUGAUUCUCUCGUUAACACAGGUGAGAGUGUUGACGAGGACAAGGCUGAAGAUCACUCUGUCAUGCUGAUUGAGUUAGAAUAACAGACUGGAACCUUUAAAAGGAGGGUGGUGCUUGAAAUCAUUGUUCUUCCUCUGUUAACCAUGGUUACCUGCAAGGAAACACGUGCCAUCAUCAUUGCUUUGCACAAAAAGGGCUUCACAGGCAAGGAUAUUGCUGCUAGUAAGAUUGCACCUCAAGAUUGCAUGGAUCAUCAAGAAAUUCAAGGAGAGAGGUUCAAUUGUUGUGAAGAAGGCGUCAGGGCGCCCAAGAAAGUCCAGCAAGCGCCAGGACCGUCUCCUAAAGUUGAUUCAGCUGCGGGAUCGGGGCACCACCAGUGCAGAGCUUGCUCAGGAAUGGCAGCAGGCAGGUGCGAGUGCAUCUGCACGCACAGUGAGGUGAAGACUUUUGGAGGAUGGCCUGGUGUCAAGAAGGGCAGCAAAGAAGCCACCUCUCUCCAGGAAAAACAUCCUGGACAGACUGAUAUUCUGAAAAAGGUACAGGGAUUGGACUGCUGAGGACUGGGGUCAAGUAAUUUUCUCUGAUGAAUCCCCUUUCUGAUUGUUUGGGGCAUCCGGAAAACACCUUGUCCGGAGAAGACAAGGUGAGCGCUACCAUCAGUCCUGUGUCAUGCCAACAGUAAAGCAUCCUGAGACCAUUCAUGUGUGGGGUUGCUUCUCAGCCAAGGGAGUGGGCUCACUCACAAUUUUGCCUAAGAACACAGCCAUGAAUAAAGAAUGGUACCAACACAUCCUCCGAGAGCAACUUCUCCCAACCAUCCAAGAACAGUUUGGUGACGACCAAUGCCUUUUCCAGCAUGAUGGAGUACCUUGCCAUAAGGCAAAGGUGAUAACUAAGUGGCUCAGGGAACAAAACAUCGACAUUUUGGGUCCAUGGCCAGGAAACUCCCCCGACCUUAAUCCCAUUGAGAACUUGUGGGUGGACAAACAAAAACCCACACAUUCUGACAAACUCCAAGUAUUGAUUAUGCAAGAAUGGGCUGCCAUCAGUCAGGAUGUGGCCCAGAAGUUAACUGACAGCAUGCCAGGGCAGAUUGCAGAGGUCUUGAAAAAGAAGGGUCAACACUGCAAAUAUUGACUCUUUGCAUAAACUUAAUGUAAUUGUCAAUAAAAGCCUUUGACACUUAUGGAAUGCUUGUAAUUAUACUUCAGUAUACCAUAGUAACAUCUGACAAAAAUAUCUCAUAACACUGAAGCAGCGAACUUUGUUUGACCACGACUGUAUAAUGAGCAUUAUGAGCCAUUUACAUGACACUUCAAAAUUAUACGGCAGCCAUGUUAGCGCCCCAUUAAUAUUACAUAAACGUUCAAAGAGUGCUACUUUCUCCUCCAUAGCCGUUGCUAAGUAAUAAUUGACACUUCUGCAUUGUGCUGUUUAUUUCUGAGAGUUUUCAAAACCUAUGAAGAUGUCCAGUGAAACCAUAUAUGCAAUUUGUUGACACCACAAGUCCACAACACAUUACAGACUUGGAUACACAUUAUCCAGAAUGCUAAUCAAUUAAUAGUCUGUUAAAUUCGCUGCUCUGUUUUGCUUGUUUACAGUUGGUCAUUCCAUAGGGAACUGGCGGAGGCGCUCUCAUACUAUUAUUACAUUACCAACAUUUUGAGAAUAAAGGUGUUAACAUGGCAGCCAUUCUAAAACCUGGCCAAACUCUCUAUAUAUAUGACUCUGAUGCUAUGUAACUGAAUGUCUAGAAUUAGAACAAUAUUCAACAUUAUAAAAGUUGGCCCAACUCUCUGAAUAAUACAUGGCUCUGGUGCACUUUCCCACUGUCCCCACCUUGUCAUGUGAGUUGUCCCACUGAUCUCUGACCUGUAUUGCUUCCUAUCCUGUGUGUCUCUGCAGGCCGUCUUAACGUGGGUAAUGAUGAGCUGGACGAGAUGCUAAAGAUGGCCCCUGGACCUAUCAACUUCACCAUCUUCCUCUCCAUGUUCGGCGAGAAGCUGAAAGGUCAGGCAACACCACUGUAUGGCCCACAAAUUUACAUUUUAGCAGUCAUUUUAGUCAUUUAGCAGAUGCUCUGGUCUUAUCCAGAGCGACUUACAGUUAGUGAAUGCAUACAUUUUUUAUACUGGCCCCCCGUGGGAAUCAAACACACAACCCUGGCGUUGCAAACGCCAUGCACUACCAACUGAGCUACAUCCCUGCCGGCCAUUCCCUCCCCUGGGCCACCCCAUAGGUCUCCCGGUCACGGCCUGCUACAACAGAGCCUGGAUUCGAACCAGGAUCUCUAGUGGCACAGCUAGCACUGCGAUGCAGUUCCUUAGACCACUGCGCCACUAGGGAGGCCUUACAUGUCAUAUAUGGUGCAUCACAUGUAAACUGAAACAUUAUGACUAGCUAUUGCUUACAACAAUCAUAUAUUCAGACCGACAUGAGGCAAAUUACUAUUUUCCUCAGUGAUAUCUUUUCACGGUGCACUGUUUAGAGACACCAGCUGUAUGUCUGAAAAAAGUGUCCUCUCUCAGGUACCGACCCCGAGGAGACCAUUAUUAAUGCCUUCAAGAUCUUCGACCCCGAGGGACAGGGAGUCCUCAAGGGAGAGGAGUAAGGACUUUAUUAAUUCUAAUACCGUUAAACGUUACAACAGUACCUGUAGCUCUUUCCCGUCAUUGGUACGCAGUACAGUUAGUAAUGAUCGAAUUCCUAAAAUGAUCUAAUUAGUCGCUUUAGGAAUUAUUCAAUAAGUCAAUAGCUACUGCAGUAAUAGAUAAGGCAUUAGAAUUGCUUUUGAAAAAUUACUAAAUUCUAAUCUAUUGAACCUCUUUUUUGUGGUUGCUGAUAAUUACCCAUCAAUGAUAGUUUCAGUAGUUUUAUACAUUCUUCUAGAAUAAUGUGACCUUUUCUUGUGGAAUGUCACGUGUUUUAAUAAAUAAUUAAGGAAAAAAGUGUAACUUCUUGGAGCCAACUCUGAAAAAAUAACUCACCGUCACGGUUGAUGUACUGUACCUAACAAGUCAUAAUUUUCCUUUCCAGUAUCAAAUAUUACAUCAUGUCUCAGGCGGACAAGUUCACCGAAGCUGAGGUAAUGUCCUUCUCCCAGGUUUCUGCGGCUCAGUGGGAUUUGUGUUUGGAAUCAGUUGACUUAUACUGGUUGACUCAUUCCUCAUUUCCUGUCAGAGUCCCAUCCAUCACACAGGUCCAUUUCAUAGACUUUAUCUCUAACCCACUUAUCGCUGACCCUGAGCCCCAUCAGGACCCAGUAAAGCUAUGGAACAAACGCUUCCCUCAGACCAUCUGCUCCUCACAAAACAGAUCAUGUAUUCCAUAACAAAGACAGUGAAUCUGAUCAGAGCCCCCAUCCAGAGCACUGUCCCAUUCUAACUAUGUACAGGAGCCCUAUCUACUUACAGUGAGCUUACGCAGUCCUAUUAUGAGUCCCUUGGAGACAAUGGAAUUUAUUUCUUAAAAGCAUAUUGAUGUACUCACAGAAAUAACUUGCAUUCAUUUUGCAUGUGUGUGUAUCAUGGUUCGUUUUCAUAGUAUAAAGCAAAACCGUGAGUGGAUAUUUCGGUCUCAUCUCGGCUUAUUCAAAGAAGGCCACAUCGUGACUUGAGAUGCAUGUGUGUUCACUUUUAUUUCAACUAACGAUACACACCAAGUUCAGCUUGGAGUGCAAAAGGGCUAGGUUAAUGUAUUAUUAGCAUUAGGUGAAAACAGUGACCAACCAGUUUUUCAACCCAUGACAUUGCAUGACCUUUGUGUGCUUUACCCUUCCAGGUUGAAGACAUGUUCACAAACUUCCCCCUGGACGUCGCCGGCAAUCUGGACUACAAGAACCUGUGCUACGUUAUCACCCACGGAGAGGAAAAGGAGUCGGAGUAAAGGAGCCAAUCACAAACUCUCAAUCCCCCAACCAAUCACCUUGGACUGCCCACUACACAUCAUCGCCCUGUACACAUGACUUGUUUCCUUUUCCACAUCUCACUUUCCCCACAAUAAAAACCUAAUAAAAACGAGGCAUUGUAUCAUUUGAACUCCAAGA